AUGAAGACGAGCCGCCGCGGCCGAGCGCUCCUGGCCGUGGCCCUGAACCUGCUGGCGUUGCUCUUCGCCACCACCGCCUUCCUCACCACGCACUGGUGUCAGGGCACGCAGCGGGUGCCCAAGCCCGACUGCAGUCAGGGCGGGCGCGCCAACUGCCCCAACUCGGGCGCCAACGCCACGGCCAACGGCACCGCCGCUCCUGCCGCCGCCUCGGGAAGCGGCCCCCCUGGUGGCGAGCUCUAUAGCUGGGAGACGGGCGACGACCGCUUCCUCCUGAGGAAUUUCCACACCGGCAUCUGGUACUCGUGCGAGGAAGAGCUCGGCGGGCUCGGUGAGAAAUGCCGCAGCUUCAUUGACCUGGCCCCCGCAUCAGAGAAAGGGGUCCUGUGGCUGUCAGUGGUCUCCGAGGUGCUCUAUAUUCUCCUGCUGGUGGUUGGCUUCAGCCUCAUGUGUCUUGAACUCUUCCACUCCAGCAGUGUCAUUGAUGGGCUCAAACUCAAUGCCUUCGCAGCCGUCUUCACGGUGCUCUCAGGCCUCCUGGGAAUGGUCGCUCACAUGAUGUACACGCAGGUGUUCCAGGUCACCGUGAGCCUCGGCCCUGAAGACUGGAGACCCCAUUCCUGGGACUACGGGUGGUCCUUCUGCCUGGCGUGGGGCUCCUUCACCUGUUGCAUGGCAGCCUCUGUCACCACGCUCAACUCCUACACCAAGACGGUCAUUGAGUUCCGGCACAAGCGUAAGAUGUUUGAGCAGGGCUACCGGGAGGAGCCGACCUUCAUAGACCCUGAGGCUAUCAAGUACUUCCGGGAGAGGAUCGAGAAGGGGGGUGGGAACGAGGAGGAGGACCUGCGCUUGGACUGCCGCCAUGAAAGAUACCCCACCCGACAUCAGCCACACCUGGGGGAUUCCUGGCCCCGAAGUUCUGUGCAGGAAGCGCCAGAGCUGAACCGUCAGUGCUGGGUUCUCGGGCACUGGGUGUGA